UGUACCACAGCUUAAAGGCAUCAUGUAGGAUAGCCUGUAGAUAAACUUCAGGUUAUUUAUUUACUUGCCACAAUGAAUUGGUUUGUUUCUAGCAAGCCUUGCCAAAUACUUUAAGUCAUAUCACUACAAUUUUCUAUCUACAUAGUAGCUCCAACAGUAGUAUAGUAACCGUAAAAUACCUGAAGAAUAUAAAAGCAAGUAAGAAACCACCAUGCACAAUUUGAUAAAGAGUCGCGCCCUCUUCGAGAUCCUCAAGAAGCCUUUGCCGGAAAAUUACUUUGAGGACAGCGAUGAGGAGGAUUAUGGUGAUAACACUAGCAAUCUGCCAGGAUCAAGUGGGGUAAAGCUAUGUGCCAAUGCUCCGGAAUUUGUACCGCGCUUCGGGAAGGCAGAGUCUACCAAAGAUGAGGAUCAAGGGGAUCUGACCGAAUUAAAGAAAAUGUUCGAGGCCUUGGACGAGCGAAAGAUGUCCUUUGAAGAGGUAGAGAAAGACGAGUUCGAAGUGGAUUUAACAGAACUAAAGAAAAUGUUUGAAGCCCUCGAUGAGCCAGAGCCAAGCAAGUCAAUAAAAACGCUGCCUUGGAAGGGAUUCCCCAAGAGAACCGACAUACAUACUCGCAGUACACAGGCGAUUCUGCUGAAUGAUCUGGACUACAAGAUCGUUCCUCGCCACAAGAAAAAUAGAAGGUCGCAUGAGGAAAACCUGACUAUUCCUGCUGAAUGCAAGAAAAACAUUGAACCCGAAUUUGUUUUCCCUACAACAUCCUAUUUGCCAGCUCCCGAUGACAGUGCCGCAAAGGCCUAUCAAAGGCGAGUCGAACAGGAGCGAAAGGUGGCCUUGGAAGCCCUUAAAUUGGUGGAGCAACGACGCAUGAGGGAUCCCUUGGUGCCCUCACCGAAUCAGGCCAACGAGAACUCGGAGAAAACCCAGCCGGUUGUGCAUCUCUAUCGAUCGCCCAUAAGAUUCUCGCCGGAGGAAAGACUUAAAGUGGAUAAUUGGCGAAUCGCGAAGAGGGAUCGAAUCGAGAAGGUCAUUUUGGAAAUGGAUAACGAGAAAAAGGAGCAGCAGCAAUUGCAAUUGCAGAGGAAGAAACGAAUCCUGGCGCCCAAUCGUCAAAUCAACGUUCAAAAGAAGCCAGAAAUGGAGAAGGAGACGAAGGAGAAGGAGGUGGCCACCAAAAGAUACAUACCCACAGCCAAGGAAUGGUCCGAGCUACGUCGAGCCAAGCACCUGGCCAAGAUGGAGGUCGAUAAGGAAAAUGUCAAGCCAGCUAAAACCAAGCCACCUGUAACGAAAGCCAAUGAAAACAAUGGCAUGCCGUUGAAGUCUUCCAAAGAGGGCGAUCCAGGACCAUCCCCACCCAAACCGCUCUAUAUUCCACCAGGCAAACUGCUCGAAGGGGAGAAACGCAGGGGAAAUCGUACCCAUUUCCAAUUGUCUCGCAAGUUUUCAAACCGUAGAAGUUCAAAUGGUCCCAUAACUAUUGUUCUCGACCUGAACGGAAAAAUCGUGCAACGCUAUAGCAUUGAGGAACUGCUGCAGUUCGAACCGCAGCCUGAGGAUCUUGAGAAACCCCAUUUCGAUGAGAACUUUAAACGAUUUGGAUUUCUGUGCGAUUGAUUUGAUCACUAUUUAAUUUUUUCC